AUGAGCACUGUUGAGAAUGGAACAUAUACUGCUCCACCUCCGGAUGAGGAGGAACUUUUACUGAGCAAGCUGGUAUUUGGAGAUACUGCUGAUUUUCAUGAAAGUUUGGCACAAUUGCACUUCUUGGGCCCAGAGGCGGCUGACGAUGAGCACAUCGAAAUGAUAGAGGCCGAUAGUGAGUUAGAGGAUGAGGACGAGCAGGCUCACGACAACAUGGAUCGCAUGAAUGACGAUCAGCUUUUUUUCGUGGAUGACGGGGCAGAUGAUAAGUCAAAAGACCAGAUGUCUCUGGACGACGCAAGCCAAGAUGAAGGGAAUAGUGAAGAUGAGCAGUAUUCUAGCGAAGACGAAAGUGCAGAGGACAACGCAUGGUCGGACUCGGAUGAUGAACGUGUUGAGGUUGCCGUUCCAAUGACAAAUAGGACCAAAAAGCUGCGGACAUCCUACACAGAGGGCCGCAUAAAGGGUAGAGACUAUGUGUUGAGGCUGAGAGCACAGUAUGAGAAGAUAUAUCCCAGACCCAAGUGGGUCGACUCGCCGGAUGCGAGCGAAGUUUCCGACGAAAAUGACUCUGGCAGCGAUGAGGGCCUCGAACAGGUUGUCAACGGAGAUUUGAGCGCCCUUUCCAAAAUUUUGCAGAGUACGUACACUUACCACGACACUUCGAGCCGUUUGCUCCCUCCCAAAAGUCUGGAUAUCAUACGUUUGAAAGAUGCAAAUGCUGCACAUCCCUCUCGUGCAGCCAUUCAAUCGCUCUCAUUCCAUCCUUCUAAACCCUUGCUGCUGACGGGUGGUUACGAUAGAACACUACGCAUCUAUCACAUAGAUGGAAAGAACAAUCAUCUAGUCACAAGUUUGUACCUAACGGGAACACCAGUUCAGACAUGUGCAAUCUAUGUGUCGCCCUCGCAUAAAGAACAGAAAAUCUUCACUGCGGGUAGACGCCGCUACAUGCACUCUUGGGAUAUUUCAUCCACUGGGGCUAGUCAGCAAUCAAAGAUAGAGAAAAUUUCAAGGAUGUACGGACACGAGGAAACUCAGCGCUCCUUUGAGAGUUUUAAAAUGGCUCAUUUUUGCGACCAACAGGGUCAGACUCAUGGUAUAGUUCUGCUGCAAGGUAACAAUGGGUGGGUGAAUGUUUUGAAUGCAACCUCGGGCGUAUGGAUGACGGGCUGUAAAAUCGAAGGUGUGUUGGCGGAUUUUUGUGUUGAUUACAAACCAAUCUCUAACAAUCGCUUCCAAACUGUUCUACUCAUGGUCAACACAUAUGGUGAGAUUUGGGAGUUUGAUUUGGCUAGGCAAGGUGAGGUGAUGCGUCGUUGGAGGGAUGAGGGUAACGUUGGUAUCACGACCAUCCAAGUGGGUGGUGGUAAUAACAGCACACAGCUCCUGCCGUUAAAAAAGGUUAGACGCAAUAGGUGGCUAGCGAUCGGCAGUGAAAGUGGCUAUGUGCAUGUGUACGAUCGAUUCUCCAACACUCCCGAGCCCGUUGCUAAAUUAGACCAAUUAACAACGCCCGUGUCAUCUUUGGCAUUUUCCCCAGAUGGUCAAAUUUUAUGCAUGGCCUCGCGAGCAACCAAGGACUCUCUGAGAUUGGUGCAUUUACCAUCGGGUAAAGUCUUUUCAAAUUGGCCAACAAGCGGUACCCCUCUCGGUAAAGUUACAAGUGUAGCAUUUUCUCCCCGUGGUGAAAUGCUUGCGGCUGGAAAUGAACAGGGAAAGGUUAGACUGUGGAGGCUCAAUCACUAUGUCUAA